AUGUUCACCAAGACCGCUAUCAUCCUGGCUGCUGCCAACCUCGCUGCUGCGCACACCACCUUCCAGAGCUUCGUCAUUGACGGCAAGGACCAGGGCCAGCACUUCGCCGUUCAGACUCCUUCCAACGGCAACAACCCUAUCCUCGAUGUCACCUCCACUGCCAUGAUCUGCAACGGUGGCAAGGCUACCGCCGACCAGGUCGAGGUUGCUGCUGGCUCCAAGAUCGGCAUGCAAUGGCACCACAACGACCCCGUUACCACUGGUGACGGUGACGAGCCCAUUGCUGCCUCGCACAAGGGUCCCGUCAUGGUCUACGUCGCCAAGGCCGACACCAACGGUGAGGGCGCUGUCUGGACCAAGAUCUGGGAGGACGGUCUUUCCGGUGGCAAGUGGGGUGUUGACAACUUCAUUGCCAACAAGGGUCUCGUCGAGGUCACCCUUCCCGACCUUGAGGCUGGUGACUACCUCAUCCGCCCUGAGAUGAUCGGUCUCCACGAGGCCAGCGCUGAGGGCAAGGCUCAGUUCUACAACGGCUGCGGUCAGAUCAAGGUCACCGGCAGCGGCUCUGCCUCCCUCCCCGCCACCGGUGUCGACAUGACCAAGGCUUACAAGGCCACCGACCCCGGUGUCUUGUUCAACAUCUACGGUGGUGCUACCGAGUACACUGUCCCCGGUCCCGAGGUCUGGGACGGUGCCUCCACCGGUGGAAGCGCUCCUUCUACUCCCUCUAAGCCCGCUGCCUCUGCUACUCCUUCCCCAGCCUCCAGCGCCGCUCCUUCCGCCACUCCCUCUCCCGUUGAGGAGACCGAGCCCGCCACCCCUUCUGCCACCAAGCCCGCUGCCACUCCUGCUGCUCCUUCCUCGGGCAGCGAGUCUGGCUCUGCUCUCCCCGAGACCUUCACCAUCGAGCAGUUCAUCCAGUGGCUCAAGACCACCACUGGCUCCUCUGCCUCCAAGGCUCGCCGCCACGCCCGCGCUUUCCACUUGUAA